AAGAGUUUCUCCGCCUCCUUUAGCUUUCUAGUCUUUCUGUCCCGUUCUACCGAGAUUAUGGUUGGCUGCAGUUCUGCAGAGAUGCUGCUGCUGCUCCUGUUUGCUGUGGCAGGCAUCUUCUUCAGCCAGGUGCCCGGAUCCCAGAGUGCAGCCUGUGAACCUGUGCGCAUCCCCCUGUGCAAAUCCCUUCCCUGGAACAUGACUAAGAUGCCCAACCACCUGCACCACAGCACCCAGGCUAAUGCCAUCUUGGCCAUCGAACAGUUUGAAGGCCUGCUAGGAACCCGCUGCAGCCCAGACCUGCUCUUCUUCCUCUGUGCGAUGUAUGCACCUAUCUGUACUAUUGAUUUCCAGCAUGAGCCCAUCAAGCCUUGCAAGUCUGUGUGUGAGAGAGCUCGGCAGGGGUGUGAGCCGGUCCUCAUCAAAUACCGCCACUCGUGGCCAGAGAGUUUGGCCUGUGAAGAACUGCCUGUGUAUGAUAGGGGUGUCUGCAUCUCUCCUGAGGCCAUAGUCACCGCUGAUGGAGCUGAUUUUCCUAUGGAUUCUAGCAAUGGGAAUUGUAGAGGCACCAGCAGUGAACGCUGCAAAUGUAAGCCUGUAAGAGCCACACAGAAGACCUACUUCCGGAACAAUUAUAACUAUGUUAUCCGGGCAAAAGUGAAGGAAGUAAAGACUAAGUGCCAUGACGUCACUGCUGUAGUGGAAGUAAAGGAGAUUCUAAAAUCUUCUUUAGUGAAUAUCCCAAGGGAUACAGUAAAUCUUUAUACGAAUUCAGGUUGCUUGUGCCCUCCACUCAAUGUUAACGAGGAAUAUCUCAUCAUGGGCUAUGAAGAUGAAGAACGCUCUAGGUUGCUCUUGGUGGAAGGUUCAAUAGCUGAGAAAUGGAAGGAUCGUCUUGGUAAAAAAGUGAAGCGUUGGGAUCUGAAGCUCCGUCACAUUGGGUUAAGCAAAACUGAAUCUGGUCCAAGUGAUUCCACCCAGAAGUCUGGCAGGAACAAUAACCAGCGGCAAGCACGUAACUGA